GGGCUCUCCGGGGACUCCUCCUGCCGGGGUUGUCACCAUGGGAAAGAGAGUGGCUGUGGUGCUGGCUGGCUGCGGGGUGUACGACGGGAGCGAGAUCCACGAAUCUUCUGCUGUCCUGGUCCAUCUCAGCAGGGAGGGCGCAGAGGCAGAGGUUUAUGCUCCUGAUGUUGAGCAGAUGCACGUGGUGGAUCAUCUGAAAGGACAACCCACUCAGGAGAAACGCAGUGUGCUGGUGGAAAGUGCCAGAAUAGCCAGAGGCAACAUCAAGGACCUGGCAAAGCUGGAUGUCCAGAGGCUGGAUGCCCUCAUCAUACCAGGAGGCUUCGGAGUGGCUAAAAACCUGAGUACUUGGGCCACCCAAGGCAAGAACUGCAGCAUCUGCAAGGAGGUGGAGGAUGUCCUGAGGGCCUUCCAUGCUGCCAGGAAGCCCAUUGGCCUCUGCUGCAUCUCCCCUGUGCUGGCAGCCAAAAUCUUCCCGGGCUGUGAGCUGACUGUGGGGCAUGACACCGAGUGUGAGAAGUGGCCUUAUGCCAAGACAGCUGAGAGCAUCAAGGAGCUUGGCUGCCAGCACAUCAACAGCCAGGUCACCGACAUCCACGUGGAUGUGCACAACAGGCUGGUGAGCACCAGUGCCUUCAUGUGCUCUGCCCCCCUGCACCAGAUCUACGAUGGCAUCGGGAAGAUGGUGCAGGAGGUGGUCAGACUGGCCUGACCACCAGCACCACCCCAGGAAAUGUCCCCCCCACCCCUCACAGCAGAGCUGCCACUCUGGUGGGGUUCUCCUGCCCCACUGCUGCCCUGGGGGCUGCUGAGGAGGGAUGGGAGCGAUGGGAGGGCUGUGGCAGCACCUCCUGAGGGCAGCCUGGGGGGGCACACAGGAACCCAGAGCUCUGAGGAGCUCCCUGGGUCAGGGCUGGUGACUGACUCAGGGUCCCUGAGAGCCCCUGAGAGUCAGUCCCACCCCCCCCCCAGGGCUCUGCCUCACAGGAGGGAUGAAUUAGGGGCAAAAAGAAAGGAACC